AUGGAGCGUGGGAGGCUCUUCGCGGCCUCGGCUCGAUCGGGGAUGGCUCAGAGUGGCCGUCGAUGGCAAAUCUCACGGCGACCAUGGAUUGAUGGGGAGCUGAGCCAUAGCUCGACCAAAGGAGGGCAGCAGCGUGUCGAGCACACGAAGGCGAACUUAGCUAGGGGGAAUUCGAUCAAUAGGCCCUACCAGAGCACGGUCGACGACGGUGAGACGGCACGGCGGAGCGAGGUUGCAUGGGGGAGGGUCGGCUGUCGUCAAGCUCGAGCCAAAUGGCCGCUGGCAUUGGCAUCCAUGGAGCGUGGGUUGGCUCUUCGCGACCUCGGCUCGGUCGAGGAUGGCUCAAAGCAGGCGGUCGACGGUGAGGCGGCUCACGACAACCAUGGAGGUCAGCGGACGGAGAAAUGGCCAGUGCGACUCGGUGGGAUGCAGAUCCAGGACAAUGUUAAGAUACAUGGAAGCUCACCACUUUGCACCAUUUGUGGCAAAAAUUCAGAUUUCACAAAAGAAGAUUUUCAAAAGUUUGAUUAUGAGAACUUCACGCAAUCGCCAAUGUCUGGUAAGUCAGCGCCCAACGUGAACCUUCUUCCAGAGAGUGCACGGAUCACUUGCAGAUAUUACAAGAAACAGGUUGAUAGUGGCAAACCUCAUCUAUUGUUGGAUGUACGACCCGCACAUCACUUCCAAAUAACUUCAAUUUCCCAAUCUCUGAAUAUCCCACUCUUAGUGCUGGAGGAGAAGCUGCCUACGCUUCAAACUCUCUUACUGAAGGACUCGAGGGAGGCAUCAGUGUCGAAUAAACUGUCUCCCAUAUACGUCGUUUGCAGAAGAGGCAACGACUCGCAAAGAGCUGUCCAGCUUCUCGGCGAGAAAGGGUUCCUUUCUGCGAAGGACAUAAUAGGCGGCUUGCAGUUGUGGGCACAAGAUGUCGAUCCCGACUUCCCAGUGUACCAGUGA